AUGUGCCUGGAAAGCUUGAACUUCCUGGCAUCCGACAAGUUAUAUGCAGGAAUUCUACAUUUCCUUACUUGCAUCGAAGUCCCACUUCAUGCCUUCGGUGCCUACCUGAUAGUAGUGAAGACUCCAAAUAAAAUGAAAAUGGUUAAAGCUAGCAUGCUAUUGCUCCAACUUGUUGGAGCAUCAGUCGAUAUUUUUAUGAGUUUCUUAACCACUCCAGUACUCAAUUUACCCGCCUGCUCUGGAUAUCCACUGGGAUUCUCGUUACUUUUAGGGAUCCCUACGUCUGUUCUGGUUUAUAUGGGUAUCUCAUUUGUCGGAGUAAUCGGUGUAACUGUUCUGUUAUUUUUUGAAAAUCGCUAUCACCAACUCAUCAAUAGAUCUUCUGGAGGCAGGAGUUGGAAGCGAAUAUUAUAUGUGUUGUUUCACUACGCGUUAUCUGCAACAUUUAUAGCUCCGUCGUUUUUGAAUAUUCCAAGUGUAGAUCAAGGAAAAGUACAUACUUUUGAGAAAAUCCCUUGCAUCCCCAGAGACAUACCCUCCCGUCCUGGCUACUUUGUCCUGGCAACUGACAACCUACUCGUCUGCCUUUGCAUUUCUAUCAUGCUCUUGUUCGUCGGCGUUCAAUGGGCUUUUUUCGUGGCGUCCAUAUUCCGCUACCUAUCCAACACCGUAUCCCAUUCCCAAACCACAACUCGUCUCCAACGUCAAUUCUUCAUUGCAAUGUGCAUUCAACUGUUAAUCCCGUUGGCAGUAAUCGUUUUUCCGGCGGCGUUUGUAGUUUUUGCAAUAAGAUAUGACUAUUAUAAUCAAGCCGCCAACAACAUUGCGAUGGCUGCUAUUGCCACUCAUGGAGUUUUUACCACACUGACCAUGAUAAUUGUGCAUAAACCGUAUCGGCAGGCUACAUUAAGCGUGUUACGGGGAAAGUCGGAGUAG